UUCAAUGUGGACUCCUUCCAAGGCAGGUGGUUCCUUAACAUGCUGGAAGGAUCUGGCCGACGUUUGACGCAGGAAACGAAGAGGACCAUACAAUCAUCUCUCUAGUCCGUUCCCAGGGCGUGGGGUUUUUAAAGAACGCGCGCAGGACGAACAUUAUGCUGACACGAUGCAAGAUGAGCAUGAUCAUUUGCACGAACCGUGAUUUCGUGACGAAGGGUGCAGCAGCACGCACGCUAGUCGGGAAGCUUGCUGCUACCAUGUGCCCUGAGUCCUGGCCGGACAGUCAUAAUAUCAUCAACGGCAUCUUCAAGUGAUUUGGACUGUUUACAUUACGUUUCUUGGAAAGUGUGUUUGAGUUCCCGCACGACUCUACCUUCCUCAACAACACGAUCACCGAUGUCCUCCACCUUAAUCGCUUCACAGUCAAGAGAUACUGCAGUAAGCUUGAGGCUUUCGUCAAGGUCGUUCCUGAGGCGAAGUCUUACUACACUCUUGAGACUGCUCGAGGGUGUCAAGACCAAGGAGAAGAGUUUACUCAAGAUGCGCAAGGUCAGCUUCCAGUACCCCAUGCAACCCGUCCAGCAACUUUACGACAUUAAUCUCCAAGAACGUAUCGCACUCAUGGAGCAGGAGAAGACGAAGGAGAAAUGUCCACGUAUAUCUUCCAUUAAUCGAUGUCGAAUAAUUGUUUGAGACUUAGCGAAAUCCACGUGCACUGCUUUGACAAGGCAAACAGAUUCGUACUCCCCCCCGCAAGAUGAACACUAUGAUCAGGCAAUUUUAUACAGCAAGACUUACAACCCCCUCUGGACCGCUGAGGAG